UUGACAACACCGCGCAUGUGCCAUCUCGCGGAAAAUAUUUAACUCAUAAAUCAGAAAAGGAAUUUUGGUUUUCCUAAAAUCUCGCUGAACUCCUUUUACAAAAAGCAGAAAAAUACCUAAAAACACAUUUAACGAAGUACAAGUGUAGUGCCAAAGUUGCGUCAUCGUUGUUCCGGUUUGAUCGAGUUUUCCGAAGAAUUAAAAGAAUAGCUGUAUCGCAUUCCAGAGAUGUGGGAAAGUUAGGUGAAUAGCUUGAAUAGUUUAUUUUUCUAAUACGCCAGCUGUAAUCUUUCGGGCUCCCAACAUCUGAUGGGGAUGCUCCAUCAAAGAAUAUCAUCUAUCAUCAAAAUCUCAGAAAGCUACGAACAAGCUAUAUAUUUUGAUAAAUCUUAAAGAAGCCCAAUGAUGCAGCAGUCUAGUAAUAGGUACAGGCCAUUCAUGCAGAAAAAUCAAGUAGGUAACUUUCCACAAAGUCUCAGUGGUAGUGAAACAGAUGUGUCCACUUCAAAUGAAAACCUAUCAAAUGAAGAAAAAUAUGUCAUCAGGCAUACCCCUAGGCAAGAACCACAAGGGCAAGAGAACCUGACUGAUUCAAAAAGGAGUUCCCUUAGAGAUAGUUUACCAUCCAAUCGAAGUUCAUUGGAUGUAUCUUCCUCUUCAUACAAUACUUUGAUUAUACAUAGUGCAGGAGAUGAGCCAUGGACUGGGAGGAAUUCAGGGCCCAGGGACUCAACAAAUAUAUCUCCACCGAGCUAUUUGUCACAUCAGUCUUCUAACUUCUACACUGACCCCAAGUUGUCACCAAUACAGAAAAGGAGUUCAGCAUCUCCAUCACCUUCUAUCACUAGUACAGGUGUACAGGAGAUAACAGAAAUUCCUGACGAUUAUCUGUCACAAUCGUCGGUUUUGAAACACCUCGCAAAAGAAGUAAAAGGACCCACAUCAGGCAACGCGUUGAAGGAUGACAAUGUAGAUGGCGGUCUUUUGAGCAAAUUUGACCCCUCUAUCUACGAAAAACGUCUACCCCCUCCUCCCGAAUAUCCUGGGAAGUGGGCGGAUAGAUCACCAUUACAGCAGGAGGUUAACGCGAAAAACAAAAAUGUUAUUUCCGUUGAGAAGACUAGCUUAUCAAAGUCUCAACCGGACCUGAGCACGGCAGGCACGCCCAAGCCAGACCUCGCAUCAUUCCGAAGAGGUGUCAGCGCUCCCAGACCUCCUACAAGAGGCCGAGAAGAAAACGAUUCUAAGGUAUCGGAAGUAUGGCCGUCCGCCGAAAUGGUCGAAAUUCUCAUUAGGGAGAACAGCGCAUUGAAGCAGGAGCUUGAGAAUUGCUAUCAGAGGGUAGAGAGGACGCAGAGGGUGAGUGGUAUCAGAUUGCUCGAACAAGAAAUUUUCAAAGUCCACAAAAGCCAUGAAGAACUGGUUGCGUCCUGCGAUCGGAGGGAGAGGCUGGAAAGAGCGGCAAGAGCCAGACUCCAAGCCGACGUCAGAAGGCACCAAGAGCUGUGUAGAGCGCUCAGAGAGCAGUUGGAUUUGGUUAAUGCACAGCAAGCUGUUGGAAGGUCACCAGGUUCGUCACAGGAUCAGGACGCUUUGAUCAGGGAGCUGGCGAAAAGGGAAGCUAUUAUCAAACAGCUCAUCACGCAGAAUAAGGAAUUAUCUGCGGCGAAAGAGCGUCAAGAAAUAGAACUAGCGGCCCAACGUGCUACUUUGCAGGAGCAAAGAACGCACAUUGACAUUCUAGAUACGGCUUUGAUAAAUGCGCAAGGCAAUGUCGUGCGUCUAGAAGAAGAGUGCCGCAAGAAACAGGUGUACAUGGAGCGCGUAGCUCAACUGCAACGCGCUCUCAGCUCCUUGCAGCUGGCGAGCGACCGACGAGAGCAAACCGAACGAAAGCUACGUGCUCAGCUGGAACGAGAACUGCAGCGGGCCAAAGCUCAGCAAGGUAAUCAGGGAGCCCAGGGAGGUGAUGGAGAGCAAGGCAUAGCAGGAGGGGUGGGAAAUGCCGGUUGGGAAUCGCCCGAUGGAGCUGGCAGGCAAGACACCGGCGAACUUAAACGAAAAUUACGAGAGAAAGAGGAAAGAAUAAUGGCAUUGGAAGGGGAAUGUGCGAAAUGGGAGCAAAGGUUUUUGGAAGAAAGCACGCUUAGGCAGGCAGCUAUUGACGCGGCCAGUAUACCAAAGGAUGCUAAGAUAGCAGCACUAGAAAAAACUAGCCAAGAGACUGAGAAAAUAAUAGCAGAAGCUAGAAACGAGAAGAUUCGACAUAUGGAUGAAGUCCAUGCGGCUCAGAAAAGGGUAGCUGAUUUAGAAUCUAGGUUGAAAGAUUUAGAGUCAAAGUUGGCCGAGAAAGAUGCUAUGAUUAGGGUCCUACAAAAACACACAUACGACAAGGAUGUUUCCAGUAUGUUAGGUAGAUCUCCACAUCAUACACCACAUGGAAGCCUCAGUGGUACGGAUAUUGACCACGUUCUGGGUACAACAGUGUCUAGAGAAGAACUAGUAAACAGCGUCCUGAACAAUUCCUCGGCGUACGGCUCGGCGUCCUCGUACAGCGGAGCUGGCGGGUCGAGUUCCUCCGCUUCAGAGUCAGCGUACCACCAUCGACAUGCUGUUAGUCAACAGGGGGCGCUCGAAGCGCGGCGAUUGCAGGACAUUGAUACCCAAUUGGAUUCGCAGCUGCUCAGCAAGCGGGCGCUUUGCUGUUUUCCAGGAUUCACUAAUCCAGUCGCUGCGCAGAGAAAGGGAAAACUUCCCAAGCCACUAUUGGCAGGUGUAGCGCGCGGCUCGGGGACCGGAGGCGUGGCUGGCGGCGCAGUGCAGAACAGCCCCGCCCCGGUCGCCGAGAUGCUGCUAUUGGAGAAGCAGGGCAGGGCGUCGCAACAGCAGCGCGGUCCGAUUGGCGGAGGAGGCAAGGUGGGCGUUCCCAGCUCGCUGCCCCGCCCUCCUAGGGAGGGGCGCGGGAGCGGUGGGUCAGGUGGCUCCGCCCAUCGGUCCGGCUUGCCGCGGUAUAACAGGCUGGAGACACCGCCUCCGUCGGAGAGGAAGAAAUCGCAGGAUGGAGGAAGUGGAGGGGGGAGCAGCAGAGCGUCGCCAGCUAGAUCGUCGCUUAUUCCGUCGCCCAGGAAACUAGGCGAAUACGGUCGUCUAUCAGAAAGCGGCGGUUCUAGCGCUUCAUUGCGCAAGCCCCCAUCUUCCGGGGCUCGAGCCCGUUCUGGAUCAGCGGGCGAGAGGGACUCCGCUUCAACCCUUAGCGGUGACUCCGCUAGCUCCCUCCCACCUCCGUCGAGGCUACGUUUGUACGGAUCGCUGCGUAGAGGCGGAUCGUUGGGUAGAGAAGAUGGUAAUGGGAAAGAUACGGGCAAGUAUCGGAUACAGUUUUGAUAGUCCAAGGGGUAUAUCGCAGGUGAUUAACUAAUUUAUGAUUUUUGAAACGUGGUUUCAUUCAGAAGUCCUCUACAACGUGUUCAAAAAUCUCUUCAAUAAUGCUUUGGAAGCUUCGUAGCGCCCUUGUGAAGUUUGAUUCAUUUUUGAUAUGGACAUCCAUGGAAUGUGACGUUACCGUACUCUCAAGGCAUAUAGCGCAAUUUUAUUCGAAGUAUAGAGUGAACAUUUAAAGUUUGAAUCGGCUUUAAAAACAGUUAUGACAAAUCAUCACAACUGGCAGCGAAGUGAAAACUAACAAAGCCAUCCCAUAACAUUUAUCCUUAAUGCCGCUUCCCACAACAAUAACAAUCAUCAAGUUAAAUCUCAUGCCUGCGGAAUAUCCAAUAUUGUCGGAUGAAGAAAAAUACCAAUCAAUAACGACCGGUAUAUUUUGUCCGCGAGGGCAGCUUACUAUUCAUCUGUAAAGCUUGUUUGGCAGGCCUCAGCACAAAAGAUGCAUCUCAAUAUUCGCAAAACUGUUCACAAAAAUUACUUUGAAGAGCUACACGAUGAUGCCAGAAAAACGUCCUUGUGCGGACUUUGACAAGAUUUGGUUUUGGAUAUGUUGUAUAGGACUAAUAAACAAGAUUCAAAAAUCAUAAAUAAUCCUGUGGAUUUUUGUUUUACCGCGUCUGACUGUAUUCGCUGGACUAUAUUCUGAUUUUGAGUUCUGCCGACUAAGUCCGGAGAGGAGAAAAAGAGACAGCAUUAUAUGAGACAGCUUGAGAACUACUUAUUGAUUUUGCUGAAAAAAGUAACUUUGAUAACAUUCUUUCAAAUACUGUUAGUGGCUAAAUUUGCUUUAAAGCUUUCGUUAAUAUCUUGAAAAUGUUGGUUGUGUAAUAUCAUAAAACCUCAGAAGAGUCAGAACAGAAGAACGCAUUUCUAUGAUCGUGAUUAGUGUAUCUGCCUAUUGAGAAUCAAAUUCAGAAUUUGGUUAUCCAAAGGUUAAAGCCAUAAAUGCUCUUAUUAAACAUUUAACAAAUUAUGAAGUGUCUAGGCGUAGCUUGACAACUUGACUUUUGUUUCAUGGUCUUUUGACAUCUUGAGUUGGUGAAAUGAUUAUUAAGUGACAUGUCUCUGCUGUUCAUAUAUUUUGUAAGCAAGAUCUAAUUCUCCAUCAAGUGACAUACUGCUGGUUGCUGACGCAAACACCUGUUGUAAAUAAAUGUGCCUUAUUCGAAAUAAAUAGAUAAGGAAGUUUCAUAUUAUUGGACGAACGAAUGUUAUGUUGUGUCGAACGUAUUUUUCCAUCACGUAUUUUGUGCUAUCAAAUGUGAUUUGUAUUUAUCUCUACUAUACUUUUAAUACACUUUAAUGAAAACAUUGUCUUUGCCUGAGGUUACUGAAAAGGAGAUAUAUUGUACAUGAUUUAUGAUAAGUUAUAUCUCUGUUGGUAUUAAAAAACAAUAUCUCAGAAAUACGGUUUUUGAAAACAAAUGAGGCAUAUAAAGUGACUAGUGUCACCAGUGUUGGUCAGAGCUGAUACUCCUACUUUGAGAUAUUGAAUCAAACAUCUGGAUGCUAGGUGGCCAUCAAGCAGGUCAAGGAUGCUGGGCAUAAGGGUGAAUGGAUAUAAAGGGUGAUUUAGAAAACGAUGUCAAUAUUUUUAGAGCAGAAAGUACUUUCAAAUGCCCCAUUACCAAGAUACAUGGUGUUGUAAAUUUCUACUUCACUCAUGAAUAUUGAACAAAUAAUAACGCUAUUCUGAGUUAGGAUUAUUCUUUACACAAACACGGAUACCAUUUUCAGUGCCAAACUUUACUAGCUCCUAAGGUAUUUUUAAAUUUCAAAUUUCCUGUAUAUCAGCUUUGACAAACAAACGGGAGUAUGCCGGAAUGAUGAUUCCGGACAAGGAUGAAACUGCACCGCACACGAUUGACAAUGCAGACGGAAAACAAUUACAUACAAUGAAGUGUGUUUUGUACAAGUCCUAGGGAUAAGACUUUUUAUGAGAUAUUAGUUCUAAUGGUACCUGUAACUCUUUUUCAUAGGUACCAUCGACUUCACAUUCACCUAUCCUAGUCUUUUACCAAAUACUAAAUAUAUUCGUUUUUGAAUAUAUUGCACCUGUCAACCUCUAAUCUAUUUUAUUUUGUCCUUAUACGAGGGACCAAAUAGCUGUCUUUAUUACCUAGUUGGGUAAAGGCAAUGUAAGCCAUACUCUGUCAAUUUCGAGUGCCUUGUAGAUUUACGACGAAAAUUAAUUUUUAUUUUUUGUCAAGAAUCGCUGUUCAUACAAUUUUUAUACUGUUCAUUCGUAGCAGGAUCAUUCAGAGCAUUGAACUUAAUGAUGUAUAUUUGGUCAAGGUAUAGAAAUCAUUACAGAUUUGCAGUCCUACGUAUAUAGGUUUCAUUUUUUUCAAUUGCGUUCUCCUUAAUGAGAUUUUAUGUGAUUCUGUUCAUGGAGUCAAUGCUCUAAUGGUUUUAAUUUAUGCUUUUAUUUUACAACUUUAUAGCUAGUCUGUAUUUUUAAUAUAUUGAUGUACUAUUAUUAUUACCAAAU